CGUAACUUGACGUUUUUGUGCUGCAGACGCAGAAAGAACGGUUCGGUCUCUCUCCCUCCCUCUGUCUCUCUGUGUCGUUCGGAUCCGGUUCGAGCUCAUCCUCAUGCCAUCGGAUGCCAACAGCAGCCUCGAACCGGACUGACGAACAUCAGAACGCAGCCGGAACAUGGUGGCUGGACCUGAGUCCGGCUCGGUACCGGAGGGUCCAUAAAGCGGAGGGGCGAGGUGGCUGCUGGGAACUCAGCAUCGCUUUAUACAGACACGAUGGCAGAAACCCUGGAGGCAGUUUGUCACUAAACAUCAACAGAAGAUGGGCUACAAGAUUUCCGGAGCAGCGAUGGACAGAGUCAGCCUGAUGUGGCGGCUGAGGCGCCGCGCUCGCCGCGGUGCGCUCUGCAUGACCUUCUUCUGCAUCUCCAUGGCUCUGCUCUAUGCCCUCUGCGCUGAAAACAGCGUGUCUGUGACAGAUGCCAUUUUCGGCAUACGAGCACGAACUCGGGCUCAGCCUCGGGCUCACUCGGUCAUCAAGGUUCUGCGAGCUGGAGCCAAGCCCAUGUACAUCGACCCUCAAAAACUUCCAGGUGUCAUCCCUGGAGAUCCUCACCGUCCAAUCCCUGUGCUGUCCUCUCCAAACCACACCCAUGACCACAGGGAGCCUUCGUCAAAGCGGCAGUCCACAGAGCGGCAGCCCUCGGGAUUCUUCACACGGAUGAUGCCGCGCCCCUUCACGCGUGCACUGGAGACCCUGUUUGGAGGCCGUCGAAGGGGGGAGCUGAGCGGCAAAGGGAGAGACGCAGAGUUUUUUGGGCCUCACGGUAUUCUGGGAGAAGUGUGGGAUGAUGAGAUGUCCAGUAGCAUGCUGGGAAACAGACUGAGGAAAGUGGUGCAGAACUAUCAGGCAAUGAAUAAGUACGGCGUUGAGUUCCAGGGUUCCAGGUCUAGCAGGCCAAAGCUGAGUGGCCCUGAGCUUCUCUGUCAACUGAAGGAGAAAGUGCAGGUCACAACUUUGACCCCUGACCUUCAACCCUUCUCCUCUCUUCCUUGGGCCACCCAGCUGCCACCUAAGCCGCUGACCUCUGACCUUGGACCUUAUAAGAGCUGUGCUGUGGUUUCUUCAGCGGGGUCACUUCGCCACUCUGGACUUGGCAAAGAAAUAGAUUUGCAUGAUGCUGUUCUGCGGUUCAAUGCUGCUCCCACAACCGGCUUUGAGAAAGACGUUGGUUCUAAAACCACCGUCCGCCUCAUCAACUCACAGGUGAUGGCAUCUGAGGACCAUCGUUUCCUGUCCAGUUCUCUGUACAGCUCAGGUGUUCUCGUGGCCUGGGACCCCGGCCCAUAUUCAGCUGACCUCAUGCAGUGGUACAACAGGACCGACUACCCCAUCUUUGUCCACUACCAGCGCUACCGCAGGCUGCAUCCCCUGCAGCCUUUCUACAUCCUGCAUCCUCGCUUUGAGUGGCAGCUCUGGCAACAAAUUCAAGACAACAUGGCAGAACCCAUCCAGAAGAACCCGCCCUCCUCUGGCCUGCUGGGCACCGUUCUGAUGAUGUCACUGUGUGAGGUGGUGCACGUCUACGAGUUCCUGCCGUCCCGGAGAAAGACAGAGCUGUGUCAUUACUUCCAGCGCUUCUACGACGCCGCGUGCACGCUGGGUGCCUACCACCCCCUGCUGUAUGAGAAGAACCUGGUCAAACGGAUGAACCAGGGGCCCAACCGUGACAUCUACAUGCACGGACGCGUCACACUGCCCGGCUUCAGCAAACUGAACUGCACCCACGCUCCCACAUCCGUACCUAACCGCUGACUUCAGACCAAGUACCCGAAAAACAAACGCCAACCCCGCAUGAACUGCUUAC